AUUUUAUAUUUUUUUUUUCUUGAUCAUCUUCAAGUGUGAUCAUUAGUAUCAAUCUAUUGCCACUUUUGGACAACGUCUGUCAGUCAACAAAACAAUUCCACAUUUUCUUCGAUCGUAUACUUUUAGCUUAGUUUCUAUUUUUAACCUGGUUACAACCAUAUGUGUAAAACAUAUAAAUACAUACCCCCUCAUCCCCUCAAAAAAAAAAAUUACUUUAUACUUAUUUCAAUAGAAAAAAAAACUCUUAUCAAAUCAAGUCAUACAUUUAUUCUUAAGGAAUCAAUCAUCCUAAGUUUUAUUAUUAUUAUUAUUAUUUUAGAAAAGAAAUCAUCAAGCUAUUUUGUUAUUGUCAUCACCAAAUAUGACCACAUACAUCAAUCUAUUUUCUUUUCUGGAUUGCCUUUUAUCAUCAAAACACUUUUUGUCCUAUCUGCUUAGAACUGAUGCUCAUUACAAUCAAAAAACGUUGAUCACAGAAUCAAACAUCCCAUUUACUUUUUUUAUUUUGGACCUAUCCACACUACAUCAUCAAUCCCUGGGAAAACGCACUUACAUGAUCAAACCAUACAUGGCAGAUAGGCCUAUCCUUAAAAAGAUACAUGGGAAUCGAUUGAAGUUGUACCAAAUUCCUGAAGUAUUUUGGAACAAAAACCUACAAAGAACUCUGGGAUCUGAUCUCUUUUUUUUAAAAAAAAUCAUCAUCAAAAAAAAAAAAAAAAAAAAAA